UGCACAAGUUGUUCUAGUACGGUAGUUACUUGUAUUGAAAGUGACUUGCCUGUGAUUUUAUGGGAAGAAACACUGUUGGUGUUAUAGUAGGCUCGAUUACCACCGGCUGUUUGGGAAAUGAGCCCUCGGUCCUCCCCUGAACAGACAGCUGGACGCCUGGGCUUGCUACUGUUAAUUACCACCAAUAAGCUUCAAAUAGACUCUAUAAAGCCAUGGUCUCCCCGGUUCUAGAUUAUUGUGAUGCUGUGUGGCAUGACUGUGGACAAGGAAACAAUGACAAGAUUGAAGGACUACAAAGAUGAGCAGCGAGGAUUGUCUACUUCAAAGCUGCCUCAAAACUAUCAACUGAUCAAAUUGGAACCUUUCUAUUAUAGAAGACAGACACACAUUUUAAGAUUUGUUAAUCAGUGCAUUGCAAAUAAAGUUCCCAGAUACCCUUUUAAUUAUUUUAAUGUAAGAAACCGUGACAUUCACCGCCACAAAACUAGAAAUAAUAAUGACCUUAUUUUAGAAAAAGUUAACUUAGAAUGUACCAAGCACGCUUUUUUCUACAAAGGUCCAAAAAUUCUUAAUAACUUUUAGAAUUUAUAACUGUUCGAAUCUUCCUUUUAAUGUAACUAUUUUAUAUUAUUGUAACUUGUUUUUAUCCAUAAUAAUUAUUUUUAACCUUUUUUUUCAGGACCUGCAUUGAUUGCAGUUUUUUCUUAAAACUGAUGCAGCAAUCCUCUACGAAUAUGUUUAAAUUAUUAUUAUUAUUAUUAUUAUUAUUAUUAUUAUUAUUUUGAUUUCUUUUCUUUUUUUUUUUUUUUUUGCUUUCAUUUUGUUUUGUUUUUUUGAAUCAUCCAAUCUCAGGCAGCAUUUGUAAAUUGCCUAUACGUGGCGAGAUUUGCAAUUGUACCUUCAAAAACACAAAUGAAGUUUACACUAUUAUUAUUAUCGUUGCCUGCUCAAAUCAAGCAGGCAGCAUAAAUCAUUUCAUUUUCCUGGAGUAGAUUUUAAACGGCGGAUGCAAACUUAGGUGUUGUUUGAUUUGGCGUGUAAUCGUGUUUUAGAGCGUUUUCAGCUUAAAAACCUAAAAUUUUUACAAAGAAAAGUAUUAGCUUAGAGAAGCGGGCAAAUAGUAGGUAUGUUUUGGAAAUUCAACCAACCGGUUCACUGGAUCAACAAUUAUUUCCAUUCUACAUGAAUGAUGGUUGUUGGCAGCUAAAAAGAAAGAGACGACUGUCAAGUCCACCAGUAAUGCAAGGUCAAUGUAAAUACAAUCAGUACGUGUUUCUGCUGAUUUUUAUGGCAAAUACCAAAGUGAUAACGAGGCAAAGCACAACAUAUGUUCAGUAUUUAAUGACAUUUCCCAUUUUCGAGGUUUCUUAAAGAUGCAUAAAUUUUGAAGUACGUCACAGACACAAUGGGCCACUCACUCAUCCAGCCGUCUCUUCUCAGGGAGGGCUGAAAGAGCGGUGGAAAUCGAGCCUAGUGUUAAAGGGGUAUAGUAAAUAAUUUACUAUUGUCUGAUUCUACAGUUAUAGCAACAUUCAUAUUUAUUAAUUAUUACUGGAUCACUACAUUCAGAUCAUUAUUACAUGUAUUUAUGUUGUGCAUUGUAAAUGAGUCAUUUUAAUAUGCUUACAUGUGUUGCCUCCUGACAUGCGUUUUCUACUUUAAUCAGUAAUUUCAAAACAGUCUUUUUUAUUUGUAUUGCACUUUACAGCUGCCAUGCACUCAACCCAGCCAAUAAAACUUGGGGAUCUGUGUUUCAGUCAUUGGUGACUAGCACUAACAUACAGGAUCAAAUCACAUUCAAGCAGUCACCAUUCAAAACUUCAUGCUUUGCAGUGGAAUUUGGAGAAAAACGGAAGGUGUCAGUAGAAGCUGAGUUUCAAGGUGAUUCUACAAAUUUAAUUUUAUGGUCAUGACAAAUAUCCAUGAUAAUACCAUUUCAAACUUAACAGUGGCCAAAGAGCAAGUUCAAAAGAAAAUUCAAAUUUCUUUUUGUAAAAUCAUAAAAAAUAAAUGGCAGUUCACCUGUAUUUUAAAGUUUUUACCAAAAGUUGUUUCAUUUGAAUGUCAAUAGCAUUGAAAGUUAGUGACAUACUGUAUUUGAUUAAGUAAGUACUGCCACUAAUUAAUACCCGUGAACAACACCAUCAAAUAAACGCUCACCCAAUCAGAAGAAUGUGGAGUUUAUGUGAGGAUAAUAAAAAAAUAAACUUGCUUUAACCCAAUAGUCUACACCAUGCAGACAAUAAUGAUAUGAUUCUAUUUCAGCAAAAAAGCACCUUACUUUUGUGCAUGUAGAGGGUAAAUAAUAAUGUUGUUAAUCUCUUUCCAUUUUAGUCAUUGACUGGAAUUUUCCAGCAGCAUUUCUAGCAGGCCUUGUCAUCUUUUACAAUGCAGAAAGACUUAGUAGGUAUACUAUCUAAACGUCCCCUUCCACACUGUAAAUUUUAACAAGAACUUGAUUUGUUAAAGUGAUGAUGAUGAUAUUCGAGGAGGAUGAUGAUGAUGAUGAUGAUGAUGAUGAUGAUGAUGAUGGUGACAGUAAUGACAGUUGAUCCAUUGAGUCUAUUUAGAUGCCAUACCAACUUUCAAUUGCUGCCAAUAGAUCUUUGUCAUGGGGUGGCCAUUUUGUCUUAGGAGAUCUAAAAAGCUCUGUUUAUCCAUGGAUAGCCUCUUAGAGAGAACGAGGCUAGCUGUUCAUAAACAAAGCUUUUUAAGUCUACUAAGACAAAAUGGUCGCUGCGUGAGGGAGGUCUAUUGUAUGCUUACAACUACACUGUAGCAUUGCGCCUCAAUAGUAGGUCUAGUUGUUUUCCACACCAUAAUUAUUCCUUUGAUCUUGUUAUUGCCCAUGGUGCACUAAAGUAAACUGAUCAAGAGCAGAUUCUAUGGAAAGUCGCACUUUUGUUCUUUGUUGUUGUUCUUGCAAACUUUGUGCACACAAGAUAGCAGAGCUGUGAAUCUGUUGUCAAUGUUUCUUCUAUUAUUAAUAUUAUUAAUGAGCUGUUUUUUCUUUCCAGGAACAGUUUGUUCUUUUAUUCAUCUGGUGUAUCACUUGGUCUUAUCAUGUCACUUCUUCUGCUUGUCUACAUACUGCACAGACUAUUCAUGCUGCACAGACUAAUCCCAGGGGUAAGAAAGAGCGGUGUGGGGUCAAUGUUAAGACCUAGCCCUGGGGUUUUUUCUUUCCAGAAACAGCUUGUUCUUUUAUUCAUCUGGCCCUGGUUGUUCAAGCCUUGGAUAGCGCUCUCCACUGGAUAAAUCACUAUCCAGUGAAUAAGUAUUACGGAAAUCAAUAACGCCAUCCGCUGGAUAGUGAUUUAUCCAGUUGAUAGCGCUACCCAACGUUUGAACAACUGGGCCCUGCUGUAUCACUUGGUCUUAUCAUGUCACUUCUUCUCCUUGUCCACAUCCUACACGGAUUAAUCCCUGGGGUGAGACAAAAAGGUUCGGGGCCACUGUUAAGACUUAUCCCUUGGAUAAGACAAAGCAGUUUGGGGGUGAUGUUUUAGACAAAGUCCUGGGGUAAAGCGAGCAGAGGUGAGUGUUAACCCCGUUAUGCUGGCAAUAGGAAGUUUAAAAAUGUUGAACGUGCAUGUAUGCAUUUGCUUAAGAAUUGUUGUCAAUAUUUCAGCAUAUUGUUUUAUGCCAUUUUCGCAACUGAGGCCGCCGUGUUUACUUGUUGUAUUUUACUGCGUUCGACCUCAUGAGAACGCAGCCUAAUCCCCUCGUUUGGGUGUCCAAGUCAAAAACGGAUGGCAGGACCAAAAGCAUGUCCUUUCGGGAAGUUUAUUGCAUUUACAUGUAUUGGAGGCGUUGUUUUAAAUGUUGUUGUUGUGUGGUCAUUCUUUUCAGAGAGGAGGUGCAUAUGCUGUUUUAAUUGGAGGAUGGAGUCUGGGUGCCUAUUUAAUCCAGUGGACUUGGAGUAACUUAAAAGACCUUCUACUUAACCACAACCAAUGGGUCAUUGGAUAUCUUGUUGUUAUAGGUAUGUCACUAAACAGACCUAUAGAUAUGAGGACCAGAUUUAACCACAAGUUUUUUCGCGUAUAUUCUCUAAACGUACAUAGACAACCCGGAAAACUUCAUUGUCCUUUUUUGUUUUUUUCAACAGAAACGUUAGUACGGUUAUUUUUAUCGAAGGAGGUUAAGCCCUCUCCCGAUCGCAAAGUGAUACAUUUUCGAACAUUUUAAUAACUUGUUUCCGCCAUUACGACAUUCUUGCUAAAAUCCGUAGUAGAUUGAAGACGGCUAUCGCGCUUUCCCGCCAAAAGAACCCUGGAUCACGCGUGCGCACUACUUAUUUCAGUAGUAUUGAGAAAAUCUCGUCCUCGUCGUCGCGCCCUCGUUUUUUUUAAAUAGAAUCUAAAGGUCUCUUAUGGGAAAAGGAAAACGUGCAUAUUAAAGAUUAUUAUGGUCGGUAUUUUUCAAAAACUCUUACUCUUUGACUGUCGUAUUACGCUCUAUAACAGCAGAGUUUUUCCUUUCGUCAGGUAUCAGAAGCUUAUGUGUUUGCUGUUGUUACGGCCUAGUCAACGUAUUACGCUGUAUAACAGCUGUGUUUAUUUCCCGCUUUCUUCAGGCCUCAUAAGCUUUGGUGUAUGUUAUUAUUACGGCCCAGUAACCAGCGACCGCGGACUGGAUCUCAUUCGCUGGAUGCUGCAGCUUAUAGGAUUGAGCCUACUGUACAUGAGUACAAGGUCAGAUGAGGUCUCCAUAGCUCUGUGUAUUCAAGUGGUUUGGUCCCAUAUAAUUCGUUUCAGACUGCUUCCUCAACACUGGUAA